AGUUUCAGUGUAGUCAAUCGUCAGCUUUGAAAUGAGUCUCAACUUCCGUGAACUGCUAGCCCAGUUUGUCCAAGAAGAGCCUGCUAUUUGGGAUACGCGAUGCAACGACUACCAUUUGAAAAUGAAGAGAGAUGACGCCUGGGGAAGAGUUUUGAAAAAGUUCUUGGCCAGGAAGAUAAUCUGUGAUUGUACCUACAGGCUGACUGGAUGGCCUGCACGGCAUCGAUGCUCUUUCUGAGUUACAUGGAGCAAACUGAAUUUUGACUAGAUCCUAUGAUCCUGCUAUAAGUCCUUCCGACAACGCCGGGGCGCAGAAGACGAAUGAAGUUUGACAACUUUUGUGUGGCUCACAAUAACUUCAAUGUGAAAUGAUAUAUUCUUCCCCAUUUCCCGCAUGCUGUGACCUUACCGGUGGGAGGCCAUUGCUUUUGUAUGUUAAUUCGAUCUGAUUCUAUUAACAUUUUCUUCAUACUUGUGCCAAAAUGAAGCGAGUCAGAUGUUAAGCCAAACAUUUCAUGUGUUUUCCUCCAGUGCAAAUUAAUUGUUUCCAUUUGUUUUGAUUCGCUUCGAGCUUUUUCACUCAUACCCUUCCCAGAGUGUUAUUAUUGCUUUUUUCAAACUUUUCAGCCAUCUUCCUCUUUUUUAUAAUUGAAGUUGUUUAGUACACUACUCCCAUUCAG